AGGUACGAUGGCCUCAGCGAUCCUAGUAACAGGCGGUGCUGGAUACGUGGGCUCACACACAGUAGCCUCCAUUUUGGAAAGAGAGACAGCACCAGAUUUUGAAAUAGUAGUCGUAGAUAACUUAACAAACGCGUACAGAGCAGAAGGCCAGAAGAAACCAGAAGCGAUAAGGAUAAUCGAAGAGUUGACCAAUAAGAAGAUCAGUUUCUACGAAUUAGAUCUUAGUGAUAAACAGGGAUUGAGUAAGAUUUUUGAAAAGCACAGUAUAGAAUGUGUGAUCCACUUCGCGGCGCUGAAGGCGGUGGGCGAGUCGGUGCAGAAACCACUGGAGUACUACCAGGCAAACAUUACUGGAACAUGCACACUACUAGAGGUAAUGCGCAGUUACGGCGUAUUUAAGCUAGUGUACAGUUCGUCUUGCACGGUGUACGGGGAGCCGGAGCGCCUGCCCAUAGACGAGGGACACGAGACAGGCCGCGGACUCACCAGUCCGUACGGCAAGUCCAAGUACUUCUGCGAGGAGAUCAUGAAGGAUCUCUGUACUAGUGACCAGAGAUGGAAGAUAAUAUCGUUGCGUUACUUCAACCCCGUGGGCGCACACCGUAGCGGUCGCAUCGGAGAGGAUCCCGCCGGUAUACCCAACAACCUCAUGCCUUUUAUAGCACAGGUAGCAGUGGGUCGUCUCCCGGAGCUGAUGGUAUUCGGUAACGACUACCCGACAGUGGACGGCACCGGAGUCCGCGACUACAUACACGUGGAGGACCUGGCCGACGGACACGUGAAGGCGGUGCGACUGUUCCAGCAGCCAGGGUUCAGCGGGUUCCAUGCUGUCAAUCUUGGCACAGGCACUGGCUACUCAGUCCUACAAAUGAUAGCAGCAUUCAAGUCCGCGAGCGGGCGCGACAUACCCUACCGCAUCGUAGGACGGAGGGCGGGCGAUAUAGCGGCCAACUACGCAGACGUGUCGCUCUCACACCGCCUCCUCGCCUGGAGGGCCACGAGGACUCUGGAGGACAUGUGCGCGGAUACUUGGAGGUGGCAAAGCAAUAACCCUCAGGGGUUUAAGAGUAGUUAG